AUGGGCUGGUUCACCCCCUCCCACUCCCCCACCCGCCGCCCCGGCUACAACCACCGCACCUCCAGCCACCACUCCUCCCACGGCCACGCCCCAACUCACAGCCACGGACCUACCUCAACCCACCGCCCGGCCCCCUCAAGCUUCUCGCGCACCUCCUCCUCCUACCACCGCCGCCACCCCAAGCCCCGCGCGGGCUACAUAGCGCGUCUGCUGCACAAGCUCCGCGCCCUGCUGCGCGAGCUGUGGUAUCUGGCCCGGCGCCACCCGGCGCGCGUGUUUUGGCUCGUGGCCAUGCCGCUGAUCAGUGGGGGCGUGCUGCAGCAGAUGGCGCGGAGGGUCGGCGUGAGGUUGCCGGGGUGGUUGGGCGCGGUUGUGGGGCAGGGGAUGAGCGGCGGGAGGGGCAGGGGGCUUGAGGGGGGGUAUUAUGGCAGUGCGGGAUAUGGUGGCGGGGGGAGUGGGUUUGGGGGGUAUGGAGGAGGGGGUCUGGGCGGCGGCGUUGGGGGGUUGAUGCAGGCGGUAAGGUUGUUCAUGUGA